AUGUCAUCGCGCAAUCGAAACUCGCGCGGCCCUAAUCGCAAUAGUGGGAGCACCCAAGGCGAGGAAGCCCAUCUCUGGAGUCAGAUCAAGGAUGAUAUCCGAUCGAUGGUCGAGGGCGUCAACAAUAGUAACGACUCGCUGCGUGGCAUCAUGGCGCAGGACAACUUUAUCGCCAAGAACAAGGAGGAUGUCGACAUGGCAGCUGAGGAGCAAAAACUGGACAAUCUACUUCGCGGGGGCGUCAAGGGGGCAGACAUGUCGAAACAACAGAUUGAGGCGCUGAUUGAGCAUGUCACGGUUCUCAGAGCUCUAGUGAAGGCAAGAGAGGACGCCGAAGCGCAAGCCGCCAGUGCAUCAGGCCUCUCGGGUCGUGAAAGGCCAAUCGGGCUGCUUUCGAGCUCUGUACGGUCGUCGUCGGCUCGAGGGUCAAGCCGCGAGCGUGAGCGGGAGCGCGAGAAGGAGAGGGAGCGGGAGCGCGAUCCGGUAUCAGUGUACGACUUCGACGGUGCCGGCGAUUCGCCAAUGCCAUCGCCCAUCGGUAGUCAUACCCGCAAGCUGGGAGGCAGCGCAGGCGCUGGAAGCGACCGUUCGGGAAACCGCGAUAGCCUUCCACCGCGCGGCGGAGAUCGCGACACUCCCGGGAAGAGCGACAGUGUGCCUCCCGAGUCUGCCGGCGGGCCGGGGUCUGCCACUGCUUCUCAACGGGCGAGGGUUACGUUCUACAAGGGCCAAGAUGUCGUGUUCAAGCCGAAGCCAACGACCAAUACGGAAAGUACCGAGUGGAUGAUGGGUCGUGUACAGCAGGUGUUGGAGGGUAAGUCGCGACGUUACAAGGUGCAAGAUGCCGACCCGGACUUGCCACCUGACCAGCGCGUCGAGUACAAAACCGUGGCCAGUAGCAUGAUUCCGAUCCCGCCAGCAGGGGCCGAGCUAGCGGAACUGGACCAAGGGAGAAUGGUUUUGGCAUUGUAUCCUGACAGUACCACUUUCUACAAAGCAGAGGUGAUGGGCAUGGAUCCCGCGACGCGACGAGUGAGUCUGAGGUUUGAGGGCGAGGAAAACAGCGGAACACUACAGCUUGUAGACCGACGAUAUGUGGUGGAAUAUAGGAACUGA